AUGGCGGAGGAGGUAUCUGUGACGACGACGCGGCACGGCGUGCGGUUCGACAGCAACGUGGAGAAGGCGGAGCACAACCAGUACUGGUACACACCGCACACCGUCCGCGCGCUCCUCGACGAGGUGCGCCACCACGCAACGGCGUGCGCGUUCCUCUCGACGCCGUCGCUCUACUUCGCCCUGAUGGAUGCCAGCGCCAGUAACGACGACGGCAACAACGAGAGCAGCACCAGCGGGGAGGACGGCGCUGCGGCGCAGCUGCGGGCGAAGAGCCGCCUGUUCGAGUACGACCGACAGUGGGAGAUGGAGCCGGGAUUUGUGCAUUACGACUACCACAAGCCGGAGCACGUGCCGGUGCAGCACCUCGGCGCCUUCGACUAUGUUCUCGCCGACCCGCCGUUCAUCACGGAGGACGUGUGGACUGCGUACGUGCACACCGCGAAGCUGCUGCUGCGGCCUGGUGGCAAGGUGCUCUUCACCACCGUGAUGGAGAACCACACGGUACUAGAGGGCCUCCUCGACGCACCCCUUUUUAUCGCGUCGUUCCGCCCCGCGAUUGCCCACCUCACGUACCAGUACGUCUGCUUCACAAACUACGGGGCCACACGGCUCGCGCAGGCGAACGCGGAGCUGCCACCAGAGGAUCCAAAGAUCACGGCGGCAAUUCAGAUGGCGAAUGAUCUGCGCGAGUCGGAGCAGGCGUUCACAGCGCAGAUGCGGCAGCGGGACCGGAAAGGUGAACAGCCGCUUCCCGCCGCCCUACACCACCAGCAGCAGGAGCAACAGAACAGAAGCACCAUGGAGGAAACACCGGUUGGCAAUGGCAAUGGCAACAACGCCGCUGCGAUGGCGGACAUCCCACUUAGUGCGAUGAAGUGGGGCUACAUCCCUGAGGGGCUGACGAUGUACGCAAACGGCAACGACGCACCACCUGCGGAGCGAAGCGGCAGCGACGGUACGGACGAGUACGGCGACGCCUACCGCGGGGUUGUGGCGCUACGGGAGACGCUUGACGCAUUCAAGCGGCACAUUGACCUCGCGCAGAAGCACCUUGACCAACUGCUGAAGCUGCAGCAGAAACGCGCCAAGCAGGACCAGGGGAAGAUGGCGGAGCUGUCGGCCACUGAUGCCGCCUUUGCGGCUGGCCGAGAACAACUCACCGCGACACUUGAGAGUAUGCGUGGCUUUAUCGUCACCGCUGAGGCGAGCGAGGCGCGCCUGGCCGAUGUGUGUGGCGAGACGGUGCUCAGCUACAUCGCCGCCAUGAAAGAGUGCGUGGAGGCGUACGCGAAGGUUGAGGUGCGGAAGCAGGAGCUGAGCGAGCUUGCGGCGGACGCCACACGCAAGUACAAGUCCCCAGUCUUCAACCGAAUGAAGGAGCUCCUGCAGCGGCUGAAGGAGAUAAAAAAGCAGCACCAACAACAACAACAACAACAAAAGGAGGAGGGUCAGUCAACGGUGGCAUGCGACGCCGCAGCCAGUUGA